GCCACACAAAGAUCUUGAAGAUUUUGACUUCUACAGAAAAAAAAAAAAAACAAUACAAAAGUUUCUUUUAUAGUUUCAAUGGCUGUUGUUAGAGCCUUCAUGUCUAAGCUCAUGCCUCGAGUACCCAUACUGAACACCAUGCAAUGGAGAAUUACUCCUGUUCGAUGUGCUUCUGGACCCGUAUUGCCAGGUCUUGGUACAGGAAGUGGUCCACAGAUCAAUCUCAUACCUGAAGGUGAUACUAUUACAGAUGAGGACGAUCAGGAGCAGAAAGAUGUCAACACCUCAAAUAACCUGUAUAUCAACAAAGAUGAAAUCGUGGAGGAGCCAAUUCCAGCACAAGUCAAUGAUUAUGGAAGCUCAGAUGAGUCUCCGAUUAGUAAUGAAUAAGGUUCCGACAUGGAUGCAUGGGAGUACGUGAUGGGUUUUUUAAGAUUUUUUUGGUUUGCCAUUGCACCUCGUAUAUUAGAUGUAUGAAUGGUUUGGAAUAAAGCUUGUGCUUGAUGAGCUUACGUGUACGGUAUAUUAUUGAGGUUGAUCGAAAAAAUUAUCGUUAUUAA